AUGGCCCAUUGCGAGCGGGCAGCAAAGCCUUUGCUCCAAUGUCUUCAGAAGUCCUACCCUAGAGCCCUUCCGACCCUUCAGGUGCAGUCAACCCGGGCCUUCCAAACUACCGCUCUUGCUCGCGAGGAAGCCCAGGCUGAACCUAAGAGCCAACCUUUCCACAAAACGCCCGACCCAGCGCUUGUAUCGAGUCCUCGAUUGGAACGAAGAUUAUUACGACAGGGUAUUUCGCCCAUUGGAUCUCGCAGACGUCGCGCAGCUUUGCAAAGCUCACCAAAUGUUCCCUUCGAGCAACUGCCCUACCAAUGUUUCCAGGAGGCACGGAAGGUUCUCCUUGCGGACCGGGAGGAGAAAUUGAAGGAAAUCGUGUCCAUGAGGGAGAAGAUCGCCAGGCUUCAGGCUGUCCCUGCGGAAGAAGCGGGAGGCGAGCAAGUGAAGAAGUCGCGACUGGUAGCCAUGGAGCUCCAUCUUGAACGCCUGAAGAUUCUUGCAGACAUUAACGACCCAUUGGUGAAGAAGAAGUUUGAAGACGGACAGGGCGAUAUGAGCAAGCCCAUCUACCGUUAUCUGGCCGACAAGAAAUGGAGGGAGUAUCGCCGCAAGAUCCUUGUCCAAAGAAUCACGCAGAUGAAGGUUAUCCCUGAUGUCCUUCCUCACUGCGACCCUGUCGUCGACACUAAGCUCUAUUUCGGCCGGUCGCCCGUUCAGCCCGGAGAGUUCGUCAACUCCCGCGUCAGCACAUCUGCACCAAAACUUGACGUGCAGCUCUUCGAGCGAGGUGAGAAACUUGUGACGAUCGCCGUGGUCGAUUCCGAUGUUCCCAAUGUCGAGAAGGAUGGGUUCGACUACAGAAUGCAUUAUCUGGCGGUCAAUGUACCCAUCUCGGCUGUCUCCACCAAGGUCGAUCUGUCCAAGCUCUCGUCGGAGUCGCAGGUCGUCCUGCCAUGGCUGCCUCCUGUUGCUCAGAAGGGUAGCCCCUACCACCGUCUGUCGGUUUUCGUUAUGGAGCAGAAGGAUUCGAAGCCGCUCGAUUUCGCCGCCGUCAAGGCCAAGGAGACGACCCGCGACAACAAGCUCCUCCGCACCCUGCAAGCCAGGUACCACCUGAAGGCCAUUGGAGCGCACCUGUUCCGUACCGAAUGGGAUUCGACGAUGGCAGAGGUCAUGAAGGAGAACGGAUACGCCGAGGUGGACAUGGAGCUCCGCCGCAAGAGGGUCGAGCCUCUGCCUUACAAGAGGAGAAACCCAUCUACCUUCCGGUAA